AUGAAAUGGGGCCCAUAUCAUCUACUCUUUGCCUUCUCAACCAUAAUCACCACGCGUGCGAUGGAUGAGUGGUUUCCACAUACAUUAUUAGGACAAUCUUUGGAUACCGGCCUUCCAGGAUUGGAAUCGGAUGACACCAUCGACUUCAAGGCGCUUGAUGAAUACCUGGAUCAAUGCAACAAGGGCGCUCACUUUCCGUCCAGCUCAAGCAUACACGAGUCACAUGAUACAUUCUCGCAGCUUUCUACCGACGUUCAAUCUGGAUCUCCUGACACCAAUCAUAAUUCUAGGGAACCUUGGACAAAUGUAAUUUUUGAAGAUCCUCAAGACUAUUCUGGCCUCCAACAUAACGACAAGGUGAGAAUGGAAGGAGUCGCGCACCAUUCGCCCACAGAGGCAUCAACUCAUUUGAUGCACCCAAACGAGGAAGGCGGAUUCGCAUCCAAUGCAAUGGACUUCCUGAGGUCUAGCCUUCCGGAGGAUCACCCCCCAGAAACUACUGCAAAUGACCCAAAACUACUGACUGGUCAAGCGGGGAGCAUCUUGGAUCCCGGUAGAUUACGAUUUGAUCACGAGGUUUUUGCGGAUGUGAAUACUUGGGGCGAAGAAGGACGUCACCUGGCUGUUUUCAAGCACCUCAUUGACACCAGUCCUUAUGGAGAGUUGAUCAUACCCGAAAGCCAAUUCCGCGUAACUUGUAAGCUAUUCCGAAAGAGCAGAACUCAACCGUUCAAUAAGCGACUGACGGAAAUAGAGUCCAGGAAUAGAAUCAACAUUUUGCGCUCAAAGAGACGGGAACUCAUUUACAAUCAACCUCUAUGGUACGCCCAUUGGAAAGAGCAAACGGGUAUUGAUUUCAUGAGUCUGACGUUACCAGAAAUCUCAUCGGACCAUGAUCAUAAUCCGAUCGCCCCCACUCGCGAAUCGACCGAAUCUCCAAGUCGAAUUGACAAAUGCUAG